GGAACUUGCUGCUAGAAUGAAAGUUGACCAUACAACAAUAUUGCGACAUUUUUCUGAAAUUGGCAAGGUGAAAAAAAUGGAUAAGUGAAUACCACACGAAUUAACCGAGCGAAAUAAGCUGGAUCGCUUGAACGAAAAGGUGUGCUCGGUGGCUUGAUAGGGAUGAGGUUUGUGUUCAUACUCCAUGGCCAUUACUUCAUCCACGGAAAAUUUUAAUCACAGUUUGGUGGAAUGUGAGUAAUGAGUAGUGAGUUUGGUGGAAUGAGUAAUAUACUACUCAUUCCUUCGAAUUGGAAUGACAAUUACAGCCGAAAAGUAUUGCCAGUACAUUGAAGAAAUGCAUGAAAAAUUGAAAAUUAUACCCCAAUCACUUGUUAAUCGGCAUGGCCCAAUACUUCUCCAUGACAACGCUCGGCCGUAUACAUCGUACAAAACAAUUGCGAAAUUAAAUAAAUUAAAAUAUGAAAUUUUGCAGCACCCACCUUAUUCACCGGAUCUUUCGCCAACCGACUUUCAUUUAUUUAAACAUUUAGAACUGUUUUUACGGGCUAAACAGUACGAAAAUGAAGACAGUCUGAAAAAUGCCAUAUCAGAGUUCAUUGAUUCUAAAGAUCAGGAUUUUUUCAAGACAGGCAUCUAUGCAUUAAAAUCUCGUCGGGAAAAGUAUAUUGAAGUAAAUGGAGCAUAUUCUGAUUAAAUAAACAGCUUUUGG